CUGUGCCUGCCCACUUCCCACACCAACCCACUCACCCGACCCGAUUCCACGACCGACGCCAAAAGCCCCGAAGCGAAGAAACAUGGCAAAGAAAACUAGCAACUCCCAGCAGUCUCCCUCGUCUUCUUCCUCCGCCACAAAAGCUUCAACUGGGCUGCUUGCUGAGGAAUUGGGUGAUAGAAAAGAAAAAGAGGAAAUAGAAGAACUAGGAAGGGAAGGAGCUUUUCAGGGUUAUGAGUUGUGUAACUUGUGUGGCUCUGAGUUUCACUUUCAAGAAAAUGUUUAGUGAUCGUGAGAGGCUGGACUCGAUGGAGGGUUUUUAGGGAAAUGGUGUUGAAGGUCCAACAAAGUGAGGGGACAAGGAGGUCAACAAGGUUAAGCAGUGUAAACGCGGAGGGAAAGAGAAUCGUUUCAGUAAAGAAGUCCAAAACCAAGCAGAAGAAGAAAAGUGCAAAAGUUGAUUCCAAGAUACCCAAGAAACCGCCAACUGCUUUCUUCUAUUUCCUGGAGGAUUAUCGUAAGGAACUUCAAGAGCAAAAUCCAGGUAUCAAGCAAAUGCGCGAAAUUGGAAAGGUGUGUGGAGAGAAGUGGAAAACAAUGACAUAUGAGGAAAAGGUUCAGUAUUAUGAUAUAGCCACGGAGAAACGAGCUGAGUUUGAGAAGGCCAUGGCAGAAUAUGCACAAAGAAAGGAAAGUGGCGAGGAUGAAGAAACCGAGGAUGAGGAAGAGGAAGAUUGGUCUGUCUAAGAAAUCAUGUUUCCGUAUGGUGGAAGUACUCUAGUUGUAUGCAAGUCAUAGGUCCUGGUCAUGUGUCUUUUGUAAAACUGUCUAUGCCUGUAUCAUUCUUGUCCAUAUCUGUUCACAAUUCGAAUUUAGUGGUGAAUUGGGUAUGUACUUUAUUUAGUGGAAGAUGACAAGUCUAAACCUUACUAGGAACUUCUAGUUUUAGCUGUCACCGGGCAAUUGUAUCGAAUACACUCAUUGUCGCGUCAUGUUCUUGAUUCCUAACAGUUUUCGAGAAUAUAUAACUUCUUUUCCUCUCUU